AUGACUGCAUCGACAAGCACAAAAAGAAGGAGGCAACAACAGCCAGAUUGCCCUAACUGCCACAAGGGACACCAUGCAUGGUACAAGGGCUGCAUGGAAAGACUGAAAAGAAUAUGGAAUAUGAAAGGAUCUCCUCCCAACCCCCCCCACAGAACAACAAACAAAAACUCACACAAUACACAUCACACUCACAACCACCUACCACACAGCAAGAAACCCCAAAGAGAUCUCGCCAAACAAUGGCAGCACCCAAUCCAACAACAACACACACACAAACCAACACAAUCACACAGACCCCAACACUACCAGCAAACACAUAAAACAGGACCACAAUCACAAAAAACCCAACACCACCAGCCACCUACACAGACACAGAAACAGCAAGCAACCCCAACGAAGCCCCACGAAAACCGCGACCCCAGACUCACAGAAGGCACACUGUACACACAGAGAAACACGCAGGUCCCAAAUGCCAGACCCACUUCCUUCCUACCCUACUCCACACCAAAACAGCCACUGCUCCCCACCCCAGCCACUCCUCCCAACAUGCCCUCUUCCUCCCACCCCGUUCAUGAGAGUAACACCCAGUACCGGUAG